AUUUUCGUUUACCGUUUGUUUUUAUUGAAGCAUUUUUUUGGCAAAUUUUCAUUUGUAGAAGUUUCGCGCGUUUAGUGUAGCAUAAAAAGGGUUCAAAAUGGGAAGAUUUUCUAACAUUGAUAAAAGCAAAUAUGUGUCAUAUAAUGAAGAGACAAAUGAAUCGACGUGCCUUGAAUGUUCAAAAAAGUUCAAGGGUCAAGUGCUUCACAAUAUUAAAAGGCAUUAUAGCACAGUGCAUAAACGAAACUUUGGAAACAAUCCGUCCGCAAAAAGUGCAAACAAAAUAAAAAUUGAACUGAAACAGCACGAAUUCAUAAAGUGCUGUGUGGGGCUAGUUACUGUGAAAGCUAUACCAUUUCGGCUUUUCGAUGACGAAGAAUAUUUUCAAAAACUUAUAAAACCAUAUGAAAGUGCUUUUAACAUAAAAGUUAAUUCAAGAAACAUUGUAAGUAAGCUCGAUUUGUGUGCCGGACUCAUGAGAAACCAUUUAAAAGAAUUAUUGGAAAACAAAAUGGUGUGCAUAAAAUUAGACAUUGCAUCAAGGCUCGAUAAAAGUGUUUUAGGAGUGAAUAUACAGAUUAUACAAAAUUUUAAAAUAGAAAUUUUCACUCUAGGCAUGGUAGAGUUGAAAAAGCGACAUACGGCGUCCUUUCUAAAGGAAGAAAUUCUAAAUUGCUUAAAUAAGUUUGACAUAAAAGCAACACAGAUCUAUUCCUCAACUACUGAUAAUGGGUCAAAUGUCAUCAAAACUUCGGAGUUGCUGCAAGAGCAGGACAAUGUAGAGUGCGACGAAUAUGAAGAAAUUCAUAACAGACUUAGCUCGGUCAUGUCAGUAGUGAGAUGCGCCGUACACACGCUACAAUUAUGCGCACAUGAUGUAUACAAAACCCAUAAAAAUGAGUUGGCGGUAUGCAGAGAAGCAACACGUUCACUACGAAAAAUUAUUCGUAAUAACUAUGUUGAUGAAGACAUUCGGAUGCCUACACUAGAUAAUGCAACUCGCUGGAAUUCCACAUUCGACAUGCUUACUUCUCUGUUAGAUCUGAGAACGUUUGUAAAUGACCAUGCGAUUUGUUGUGAAGUAAAUUGGGACUUUAUUCAAAACUUUGUGUACGCUUUCAAGCCAGUUUCUGAAUGUACCAAAAGUUUACAAACAGAUAGUUAUACUAUCGGUGACUUUUACCGAGACUGGCUACUUUGCGAGGCACAACUGGAAAAUAUCCAGAGCAACGAGUUUGCGAUACAUUUACUGCAAUCUAUGCAAUCAAGAAAAACUAAAUUAUUGGAAAAUAAUGCAUUUAAUGCUGCUUUGUAUAUGGAUCGCAGAUUCAAUUAUAUGGACUCACCGUUUUUGAAUGAAAUACAAAAAAAGCAAGCAGUGACACAUAUAAUUAACACAAGCGCAAUUUUGAGUAGUUUGGAGGGAUGCACUGAAAUCGGUAGUGAUUCGGAAAUCGAUCAUGCUGAGCAGGUCCAAGUUUUCGACGAUAAGUAUGAUUUGCUUGAAAGAAAAGCCAAUUCAAUAACGCAACAAAGUGUUCAAGUGUCACAAAAUAUACAAUCGCUUCGCCAAAAACUUGAAGGUUUGGCUCAUCAAAGUAAAAUGCCUUUCAACACUGACAUAAUCAACUAUUGGAAAAAUUUGCAAAUUCCUGAACCAACUCUAAGUAAGCUGUCACAAAUAAUUUUAUCUGUGCCAAGCAGCCAAACUUCCGUAGAGCGAGCAUUUAGUGCUCUAUCUUUAAUAUUAACAAAACAUCGUUCCAGGCUGAGCUCUGAAAAUCUUAACAAUUUACUUUUUAUCAAAUUAAAUGAAAAUUUAUUUAAAAAUAUAAAUCUAGACGUAGCGAGCGACGUUCAGUUUUAACUAAUGAAUUCAUUGAAUUUUUUAUCUACAAGUACAUACAGUCACUGUCAAAAGUAUUGUGACAUUGAUUUUUAUUACGAUAUAUUCAGAAGGUUUUUCAUGUUAAAUUUUCUUCGUAAAUUUUUUAUAAAUAUAGGGCUCAUUAAACAACAAAAAACAUUUAAAUCAAAAUUGUAACCCGUGGAAAAACUUACGAAAAAUUCAGCGAAUUCGCAUCAAGAUUUCAAACUUUUCAAUCAUAAUUUGUAAACCGAAUCCGAACACGUUGACUUUCCAUAAUUUUUUUGCUGACGGUGUUGAGCAUUUUCUUCCAUUUUUUAAAUAUACCGUGAGCAAAAAAAGUAUGGAAAGUCAACGCGAAUUUUAGCCACUUAAAACGUUUACUUUUUUAUAUUAAAAUCGAGGGGGCUAUAAAACUACGUGUUCGGAUUCUGUUUAAAAAUUAUGAUUGAAAAGUUUGAAAUCGUGAUGCGAAUUUGCUGAAUUUUCCGUAAGUUUUUCCAAGGGUUACAAUUUUGAUUUACAUGGUUUUUGUUGUAUAAUGAGCCCUAGCUUUAUAGAAAAUUAACGAAAAAAUAUACUUUGAAAAACCUUUUGAAAAUCGUAAUAAAAAUCAAUGCCAAAAUACUUUUGCUGGUUACUGUAUUCCUGCAAAUGUGCCAUUUUCAAGUUAAGUUUGUUUACUGAAAAAUUGCUGAAUUUUCUUUAAUUUUGUCCAAACAUUGAAAUUUUAAUUUAAAUUAAUAUUAAUAAGAAUACGGUUCUUAUGGUCUUGGGUGUGCAUAUUUCGAUGCAUUUGCAAAUUCACAACAAUAAAAUGCGAACGGUUGCCAUAGUAGCAAGCAUAAAAUUUUCAAAUGCACCGAAAUAUGCACAUGCAAGACCAUAUGCACCGGAUUGUGAUUACCCUUACUUUUUUUGUAGAAUA